AAUCCAAAUUUAAAAAGUAAAGGCAAGAUAGCGGAAAUUGAAAAGCUAUUGGACUUCAGUUCUAGUAGUCCCUUUCUAUUGUUUUCGUCAGCGCGGUUAACACGAAGCUGGCAAUGAGUGUGCCAAAAUUUUGUAUUUUAAGUCGAUAUAAAGAACUAGGUUACCCACAGGGCAGUAAUGCUGCCUUUGACAGCAAAAGACAAACUACAGGGUGUUGAACGAGUCCUUCAGAAACAUCCUAUUAUUGUUUAGCCUGCAUGGCAGGCGGUUCCUAAAAUUGGGCAAGCCUGGGAAAUACCGCCUGCCAUGCAGGCUAAUUAUAGUUAUCCUUGUUAACCCAUUUAUUGACAGUACCCUACCACUGACUGAGUAUUAAAAAUCGUCUGGCGUUGGACAGAGUAAAUACUAAAGUAGGGGUCAUUACUAUUAACAAGAGCCAUUGGCAGAUAGGUUUGUUAACCCAUUUACUGGCAGUACCCUAUACCACUGACGAGUAAAAUCUUCUGGCGCUCGACAAGGGAAGGGCGCAUUGCCAGCUAAUGGGUUAAACCACCGUGGUUAAACAUAAGAUUUCAUGAUGCUCCAGGAAAUGUAAACAAGCAAUCAGUGUGACAUCCCAGUUUAUAUAUUUAUAUACUCGGAAUAUUGAUUUCUCGGUACAUACAAAAUUAUUUUAAAGUAUAACAACCGGCGAAGACGUAAGGCACUAACUACCCUGCGCGGCUGCGCGCAGACUAUAUAACGACAUAUAUAUGUCAUCCGUCCGGUCCGUCCGUCAUUCAUCCGUCCGUCCGUAUCCGCGUUUUAUCCUAACCCGUUUUUAAAACGCAGUGCUGUUCGUCAUGAUCAAUAUUUUCAAAAGCGGCCAAUUAGACCAGGGGUUAAAGGGCAAUGACAAUGACAUGCAGGUGACAUUUAACAUUGCGUCUCACUAAUUAAAAUUUGAGUGUUUAAUAGUGUUUAUCAAAGAAAGCAAAAAUAUAUACAAGACAAUCUCACAUGUGGAGUUUUUUCGCUUACAGUGCGUACUGCCUUGUGAUGCAGUACAAGUAUAAAUACAAAUGACAAAGCAUUUGUAAAUCCUAAAACAUAAUUAAAUCAUACGGCACAUUUAAGAUUUUAAUAUCGUAUUUCAGCCGCGUUUAUACUGUUUGGCGCAUUCGCUGCGUUAUAUUCAUUUAUAUACACAGAAAAGCAUGUCAUUGUCCAUGCAGACCAUAGGCAAAAAGCAUUUGUCAACCACAUACCAAAUUUAAGCAAUCGUUAAAUCAUAUACAUGUCAUGGAAAGAAUAUGGAAAUAAUGUUGAAUGAAAGCUAGCAUCGCGUAUAAUAUCACAGGAGGCCCAGGCUCGAUUUGCCCGCGCCCGCCUGUGCCUUCCUUAUAACGAGGGAAGGACGGAGACAUUGAGACCAAAAUAGCCCAGAUUUGGCAUAUGUCACACGAAACUAUCCUCGAUUUUUCGCUUUUAAUGCAUUUCCUUCACGAUUAAUCGAUAUCCCCUGCAAGAAUGAUACCGUAUAACUCUCAAAACAACGAUGCUUUAAUCAAAGAGCUUAAAUUCGCUCUGAAAUCCGUGAGGGAAUAAAUUCGGCCAAAAUAUAUCCGCGUGCCCGGUUUGCUGUGCAAAAAGCGGAAGUCGUUGAACAACUCAAAAACACUCAACCCUGAUUGGACAACGAAUUUCAACAAACAUUUCAAUUUUUUUUAACAGUACUGUUAUAAUUUCAAUCAUACAAUCAAAACUAUUCACAAACGUUAUAAAGUGUAAAUAUUACUGCAAGUAUAUAAAACUGUAGUACGUUAAUAUGUAUAAUAAAUUGUAUUUCACAUUGUGUUUGUUAAAAAAAUUUGAAAUGUUUGUUGAAAUUCGUUGUCCAAUCAGGGUUGAGUGUUUUUGAGUUGUUCAACGACUUCCGCUUUUUGCACAGAAAACCGGGCACGCGGAUAUAUUUUGGCCGAAUUUUGUUAUUCCCUCACGGAUUUCAGAGCGAAUUUAAGCUCUUUGAUUAAAGCAUCGUUGUUUUGAGAGUUAUACGGUAUCAUUCUUGCAGGGGAUAUUGAUUAAUCGUGAAGGAAAUGCAUUAAAAGCGAAAAAUCGAGGAUAGUUUUGUGUGACAUAUGCCAAGUCUGGGCUAUUUUGGUCUCAAUGUCUCCGUCCUUCCCUCGUUAUAAGGAAGGCACAGGCGGGCGCGGGCAAAUCGAGCCUGGGCCUCCUGUGGUAAGACAGCUUUAUUUAUUGAGGGGAAAGUGUUUAGUGUUAAAUACACGUAAAAAUCUCACAACUUGUCAACAAGAUGUGUUUGCAACAGGCUUGUAGCAAGCUUGUCAACAAGUUGUAACAAUGCUGUCAUUUUAUCGAGUUGCUACAAGGUUGUCACUCACAACUUGUUGACCAAUUGUUGAAUUGCAGUCCCUUAGACCCUGCUUAAUAGUGAACCUCACAUGUCUCUGUUUGUAGGGUAACUACUGCACCGGCAGCAAGUAACAACGCAACAUAUCCUACCGCUGGCCAACAAUAUCUGCAACAGUAUCAACAAUAUCAACAAUAUUAUGCUGCUUGGCAAGCCAGUUAUCAACAACAAGCUGCUGCAGCUGCUCAGUAUUAUCCAAAUUACACACAAUACGCUCAAACAUAUGAACAAUACGAGCAACCGGUGAGUGUGAAGACGUUUCAAUGUUGUUUAUUGUAUUCACCUCCGCCAGGAAGGGGGGCUUAAUAAGUAGACUUGUUAGGAGGGGAGGUCAAUAUUUUGCCUGCUUUUCGCUGACUGUGCAAGGCCUAUCACAUGAAAGUCUAACAUAUUUUUAUUUCAUCUUUUUUUAUUAUAAUGAAUGAAUAAAGAAUGCUGGCAGCAAUGUGACUGAUGUAAGUUUUUACACUUCUCAAACUUGUGAAAUUAAAGUGCACUGAAUAUAUUUUGGUUGACCCCAAAUACGAGAACAGCAGUCUCUGUAAACUACUACCUCCAGAAAUAGAUUAGAGCUUCAUCUUCUUAUUCUCUUCAAUUAAAAUAUAUUUUUUAUGUUUGCAGACAUAUGAAGAAGAUACUGCAGACCAAAUGCUGGAAGGUAAAUUAUUUGAUGUACUUUGAACGUCGUGUCGUAGUAAUCAAAUCUUGCCUUUAACUGAAGUUCCAUUUAUUCUGCAAACAGCUCUCAAAACCAUACUGUACUAUUAUUAUCUAUACUAGAAAAGAAUUCACAUUAUUUUUUCACUCUGAUAAUGCGCGUUAACCACUAUUUACUGUACAAUGUAAAAUCCAAAAGCGGAAAUUGGGUUGUUUAAACACUGUUUAAAAAACAUGCAUAUUUUCAGAACCAGAUGAAGAGAUUGAUGUAGCUGCUCAGAAUAAAGAGAUGAUUGCUCGUGAAGAGGUAAGCGUUUCUCAUAUUAUAGUUUGCAACUGGAUGUUGCUAAUGCCACAGUGGUUCAUUGCUGCACCUGUCUCUUUCUCUGACCAAUAACUGAUACAGCUAUCCAGUAUAAGUAAAGUUUAGGUUUAGGUUUCCUCCUGUAGUAACACUGGAUCAAUAAGAGAUGAUCCUUACUGGACCUCUAGGAAGAACAGUUUAGAACUGAUAGAACUAUCCAGUAUAAGUAAAGUUUAGGUUUAUUAAGUUUCCUCCUGUAGUAACACUGGAACAAUGUCUAUUACUUUUUAGUCUUUGUACUUGGAACUGGAAGAAUCAAGGUGGCAACCGCUGGAUUCUGUUACUGCAAGCCCAGGUACACUAGUCGCGUGACGGAGGAUUGGUGACGAAUUGGAGAUAAGUUGAACAUAGAUUUUCACCACGCUAAAACUACCUAAACAUGGCUACCGCGGUUUUUGUUGCUAGUAUACACUGCGUGAGGACAAGAACUUGUCAGUUUAUAUAUAUACAUCUUUUGAAAGCGAGUGACAGGUAGCAUUAGAGCGGGCCAAUCGUGUCACGAAAAUGUUUAAUUUUCCUGACCGUCAUGAACUUUAUACUGUUACUGGUAGUAUCUAAACUCUGCGCGGGAUUUCUAGACUUUUAAAUUAAAAUUAUUAUUGACAUUUCAAGCUGCAGUUGUUUGUAUCUGAAGUGAAAAAUAUUAAAAUCUUUUUAAAGCCUAUUGUAUGACGUGGCCAUAUUUUUUAUUAAGCAAAAUUUGGCUAAUUGAAUCAAACGAAAUGGCAGACGAAAUAUGUAAAAUGAUAUUUUAUUUUGAUUUUCGAAUAUUUUCAUUCAUGUUUUCAGGUUUAAACUAA